AUGGUCGGUGGCGACGGGGCCGAACUCAGUGAAGAAGUAGUGGACCUCGUCACAAUCGUUGUCGACAAGGUCGUACUUGUCGGUGCCUCAAGACAGGAACAGAAAGUACUCACGAUCGCUCCAGCGUCUGAGAUGAGGACCGAGAGCAAAGACGCCUUUGCAUCCAGAGACUUCGUGCUUGAAGUGGUGCUGCUAGACUUCGUGCUCGACUUGGUGGCUGUGCUUGUGGUGGUAGCCUUCGUGGUCGUUUUGAUCGUCGAGCUUGACUUGGAUGUCGUGGAAGCUGGCGCAUUCCGUUUGUGGUAUAACUUGGACGAGCAGAAGCUCUGA